AUGGAGGCGGCAGCGGCGGGAUGUCGCGGCCCGGGGCUGGCGCUCUGCGGAGCUCUCAUGGCUGCCAGCGGCGGGAGCCGCUUCCUGGCAGCUCGCUACCAGGAGCCCAGUGUUGAUGAUCUCUUCAUGUAUGACUGCAUCACUGCAGGCAAGAAGUCUCAAGAAGACAGAGGACAGGAUGGACAGCCAGCAGUUAAAGCAAGCGAUGAUAUUCUUGCUUUUGCCUUCUCCUCAUCAGGAGGCUAUUUUGCUUUGACUGAUGACAACAAACGUCUGGUUCUUUUUCGUACUAAGCCUUGCUGGGAAUGCCUUAGUGUCAGGUCUGUUGUUAGAAGAUGCACUUCUCUGAUUAUUACAGCUGCAGAGGAUAAGAUUCUGGUUGCAGACAAGUCUGGUGAUGUCUAUUCUUAUUCAAUAACAGAACCGCAAAAAGCAGGAAAGAUUGAGCUUGGGCACUUGUCCCUGCUCUUGGAUGUGGCGCUGAGUCCUGAUGACCAGUAUAUCCUAACUGCGGACAGAGAUGAGAAGAUUCGAGUCAGUUUGACUAGAGCGCCACAUAACAUCAUAUCUUUCUGUCUUGGGCACAGAGAGUUUGUAAGCAGAAUAUUUGUAAUACCAAACUAUCCAGAUCUUAUGCUAUCAGCUUCUGGGGAUUGUACUCUGAGGCUUUGGGAAUACAAAAGUGGGAAAGAAGUGCACUGCUGUCAUCUAAACAGUUUGAAUAAGACUGAGGCAACCAAAAAUGACAAGAAAUACGCCGUGUCGAGAAUAGCCUAUUGUUGUCAAGGAAAUUACAUUGCCAUUUUAUGUGACUGUAUUCCCACAGUUUACGUCUUCCAGUUUGAUGCUGCUACCCAGCUGUUAAAUUACAGACACCAAAUCUCUUUGAAGCAUAAAGGCUGGGACAUUGCAUUUGAGGAAACAGGUGGGCUGUGGAUACUGCAGGAAGACAAAGAAGCAUCACUUCUACUCUACAGGCCUGUGGAUGGACAUUGGCAGCCUGUUGCUGAUGACAAAGGAUUAAUGAAAAUGUCAAAAUACCUGCACGACAACUGGACAAUGUUUGAAGGUUCUGUUGGGACAGAAAGUUGCUACAGCAGUCUUUACAAGGCCUCAUUCGACAACAUGGCUAUUUAUCUACAAAAGAAAGAGGAAAGACUACAGCAGCAGCAGCAGAAGAAAAGAAAAGAGCUGCAGCAUGAAUCUAAUAGACAAACUAAAAAGAUCAGAACAAGAGAAUCAUCCUAA